UCUCUUUCUUGAUUAAUCAUUUGUCUUGUGAAUCAAUUAAUUCUUCUUUGGUGAUUUAAUUAUAUUCUAUGAUUAUUUAACAUUCCUACAAGUUGAAAUUCUCUUUUCAAUUGAGCUUGAGUCACAACAAUACACUCGUGCCUGGGGAACAUUAGUCAUCUCUCGUUUUUGUUUUUCUCUCUUUUUUUUCCUUUUAUUCUAAAUUAUUAUUUUUCCUUUUUUCUUUCUAAUUAGUGGUGAUUUUUUUUUCUAUUUACUUAUAAUUAUCAUCAGCAUCAUUUUCUUCACUCUUUUCUUAUCUUCCCCUUUUUUGUAUUAGUCAUCUUGACCCGUGUCAAUGAGAGAGUAUCUAACAAUGGGUUUAGAGGUUAUCCUUGAUUGGUAAAAACUAGUGGCAAGUGAUGAGUAAUAACCUGUUGAAAUUACAAUACUAGGGGAAGAUAAGAGAGUAAGAAAGAGAGUGAGAGAGAGAGACUUGACCCAAAGAAAGUUUAAAAUAACCUCUGGACUUUUGGCCUGACCUUUCACUGAUCUUUACAGUUUCUUCACUUUGGUUUAUAAUGUUGGCUGCGUCUUUGUAAAUUUAUAAUCAUCAUUUCAUUUUCGCAUUUCAUUUGGUCAACAUCUUCUUCUAAUGAAAACAAUGGUGAAAUUUAUUUUCUUCCUGUUGUUUACUUUGAUUACUCUGAUUGGAUUUACCUUCUCUUCGGAUGGUAUUGCUGAUUGUAGCUCAGUUAAACAAGCCUCUUUAAGAAAAUUGAUGAAUCAAGCUGAUUGUUACAUUGUGUCAACUCUUGAUGGUAAGGUAACUGCUUUAGAUUUAAACGAUAAUGGUAAAAUACUUUGGUCAUAUUCAACUGAUGAUGAUGGAUUAUUACAAUCAACCAUUGGUGAUUUUCAAUUUAUCAGUGAUGCCAUUUAUUUCAAACUAGUUCCAGCUCUAGAUGGAAGUCUUUACAAACUAAAUCAACAAUAUAACAUAAUUGAACCAGUUCCCCUUAAUGCUGAUAUUUUAUUGAAAAGUUCCUUUAAAUUAGGCGAUGAUUUACUAAUUAAUGGAGGUAAAGAAGUGAGAACCUUUGCCUUUGAUCUGUUUUCUGGUGACUUAAUCUAUUCGUGUGGUUUGGCUGAUUGUACUAAUACCCCGAGAGGAAGUCGAGAUGAUGAUUCAAAUGAAACGAUCAUUUUAAUUCGUCAAUUGAGACAAAAGGUAAAAGCAGUUGAUCCUCGAAGUGGAGUGGAACAGUGGAAAUUCAGUGUCGGUGAAAAUAAUGCUCAACUUUUAAGUAAAACCGAUGAUUGUCAUCUAUUUGAUGAUGUUGGCUCACAAUCGACAAGUGAACGAACCGAUGAGAAAUUAUCGAUCUCCAUUGCCGAUGGUCUAAUACGAAUGCAGGCUCGAAGAGAGAAUCGUUUACUUUGGACUCAAAAUUUAGAAUCACCAAUUGUCGGUAUGUGGUUAUAUCAGAAUGGAAAACUGGACAAUGUUGACCUUUUCCGACAUGACCUUACAUCAUCUGAAUCACUUUACAAGAAACCAAUUCUUUAUAUUGGAAGUCACAACAAUCAAUAUUACAUUCAACACUCAAACGCAAUUAGAGAUCGAUAUCGAGAGAUUGGGAAAACAUUUUACUCACAAUCAUCUUCAUCUUCAUCUAUUCAUAAUCUUGACCAUCAUCAUCAUCAUCAUCAUCUCCAUCCAUUUAUACCUCAAAUUGAAUGGCAAUCAAAUCCUGAGAAUGGAAAUGAUUUACAAAUUAUUCCAAGUGGAUCUCGAGAGUUAAUCAUACCAACCCAGGGUCAAUUUAUCUUCAUGAAAUCAGAUGAUACCAAAACUCAAUGUUAUCCACCAUCAAAUGUUGAAGAUAAUUUAACUCUUGUCAAUCUAUCAGCUGAAGAUUAUUUCAAUGGAACCCAAUCACCAGGCGAUUCAAUUGAACAAAUAAUCAUAAUCUCCUUGUGGCAUUGGUGGAAAGAAGUUGCAAUAAUUAGCAUUUGCCUUGCGAUCUUAAUUAACUUUGCAUACUCCUAUUUUCGUAGACACGUUAUUAAAAAAGUUUUCCUUAAAUUACCAUCGGAGGAAGAUGAUGGUGUUUUCUGUCGAGUCAAUAGAUCACCUCGAUCUUCCGAGUGUACAGAUGAUAAUCGAUCGACAAACUCUACAAGUCCUUCAACGCCAACAUUAUCUUUACAACAGCCUAUCAGUUUAGACGAUUCACCAGCGGCGACUAUACGACCAAAUUCAUUGCCGAAUGGAGUGACUUUCGUUAAUUACAUUUCUCGUUAUAUAACCGAUUUUGAGCCAAUUUGCUGCCUUGGUAAAGGAGGUUUUGGUGUUGUCUUUCAAGCUCGAAAUCGAAUCGAUGAUUGUCAUUAUGCUGUUAAAAGAAUUGAUUUACCUGUUCAACAAUCAGCUCGAGAUAAGGUUAUGAGAGAGGUUCGAGCUUUGGCCAACCUUGAACAUCACGGAAUUGUCCGUUACUACAAUUCUUGGCUCGAGGUUCCACCCUUGGGUUGGCAAGAAGAAGCAGAUUCUGCUUUAAUAAUUGAUAAAAGUUCUUACUGGGGAAGUGAUCCUAAUUCGGCUAAAUCACAAUUAAAGCCUAAUAAACAAUCAUCAUCAUCAUUAUCUUCAUCUUCAUCCUCAUCACCACCAAUAAACCAGCAAUGGCCUAAGAACAGAAAAGAUUUGGAUAAUUUUUCUUUUGGUAACAAUCGUAAUAACGAUGAUGACGAUGAUUCUUAUGUGGUCUUUCAAAACAAUACAAAAUCAUCAGUAAAUAAUAACCAUAAAACUGGUGAAAGUGAAAGUGCUAAUCAAAAAAAUCAUCAUAACAAUCAAGAAAACACCAACAAACAAUUGGAUGAGAGUGAAAACAAAGGUGUUAAUUUUGUAUCUAAACAACAACAAUCACAACGUGCAUAUCUUUACAUUCAAAUGCAAUUAUGUCAGAAAGAGACACUUCGUGAAUGGUUAAAAACACACAAAGAACGUGAAAAAGUGCCAAUACUUGAGUAUUUUAUUCAAAUUGUUGAAGCUGUUGAUUAUGUUCAUUCAAAGAAAUUGAUGCAUAGAGAUUUAAAGCCUUCCAAUAUAUUUUUCGCCAUGGAUGGUUGUGUUAAAAUCGGCGACUUUGGCUUAGUCACCGGAAUAGCGUCAGAUUUUUUUGGUACUCAAGGUGGGGACACCCCUUCAAAUGAAACACCACACAGUCAAAAGCACCAACACAAGGGUCGACACACAGAUCAAGUUGGAACCAAACUUUACAUGAGUCCAGAACAGAUCGCUGGAUCAAGUUAUUCAAAUAAGGUGGAUAUUUAUUCAUUGGGUGUCAUCUUUUUCGAGAUGCUUAUGCCCUUUGACACCGAAAUGGAAAGAAUCAAAACUCUUUCCUCAAUUAAGGAAGGAUUAUUUCCAAAUAAAUUUAAAACUAAUCAACCUAAAGAGUGUCGAUUGAUUUGUAAACUAUUGUCCUGUGAUCCUGAUGAACGACCUCUUGCUUCAGAGAUUCUCAAUGAUCCUGUUUUCUUCGACGCUGAAAAUGAGCUUAUAAUUGAAAGGAUUCCAAGGAAACGGACAUUAUCCUCAUCCAAAACUUACUAGUGUUCGUGAAUCAGCUCUCUAUUUUUCCUCAAUUAUUGGUUCACAAUUAACUGCCUUACCAAUUGAAAUCAACUCAUGCCAAUCAUAUGAAAGUCACUGAUUAACCUGAAAAACAAUCCAUGUCUAUGCAAAAUCCAUAACCAAAAAAAGAGAAUCAAUUUGUUGGAUUGAUUUUCCUUUUCUCCAAUGAUUGUGAUUAUUUAUACUUAAUUUACUGUUAGCGUAUUAAUCAUAAUCAACAUUCCCAUGAAUUUGAAUAGACAUUGGCAUGAGAUGCAAAAAACAUCCAAACAUCGACGUUAUUUUGAUCACUUGACCAAAUUUAUUAAUUCUCUGUGUUUAUUUGUAAAUAAAACGCAGAUUCAACAAUUAAAUACAAUUUUGUAUAGAAAUAAUUAAACUUAAAAGUGUUUGCAAAUCA